CUUGGUCUUUAUUUCAUUCGUCAACACGUUAUAAUACAUCAUUUAUCAUGAAGUUGAUAUUUACUGUCUUUUGUGUUAUUAUCGCCGUGUCGAGUAUAGAAGGUCAAGGGUUCCCAACGGCAAAAUGCCAACCCGACGAGCACUCCGUCCUCUACUGUCCGCAGAAGGCAGAACCGUCAUGUGACAAUCCCACGGUUCAUAAGCUGACUGGUCCCAACGCUGGGCUCUGUGACGUGCCUCAGUGCUUCUGUAACACGCCAAAUGUAAGGAAUCUGAAGACUGGCAAAUGUGUUCCUUUAUCUGAAUGCUGAAAGAACGAAAAGAAGUUUCAGUUUGUUAUGUGUAAAUACACAAAGUUAAGUAAAUAGUAGAUCUGUAAUAAAUAAGUAAGGGUGAAAAUAAGUAAUUAUGUAAUA